GAGAACUGAUUGUGGCCAGACACGCACAGAAUAGCAAUGUUACUGAUGAUCAUUUGUUUUGCGUGUAUCAAUGGACAGAGGAAUAACUUUUUUGAUCAAAAAGAUUUAGAUUAUCCCGUUGGCAGGUAUCCAGGUGCCCCUUGGGAUAAACAACCCUUCAGCGAAAGGAUGAGGCCUAAUAUGGAACCUCAGAAUAAUUACAGACCUCGCAUGCCACCCCCAGAUUUUAGCAAUCGCUUACAUGAACCUCGGGGUGUGGGCAUCCGUUUACCAAUCCAUCAAAAUUUAGAGUCCAACAGAUUCACUGAAAUGGAAAGAAUGAGAAAUAAAGCAGCGGAUGCCCGUGGUUUAGGGCCAUAUGGUAAACAACUUCUAGAAGAUACUAGAGCAGCGAUUGGUGGCCAAUAUAUCAAUUUGAAGCAGGCUGGACUUAAUUCGUAUAAACCAAAAAAGACCGGACCUAGUCCUGGGAUGGGUAUGUAUUGGGAAGAGGAACAGAUCAGUACACGAAAACCAAUACUAGGAAGACCAGUCCCGCCUGAUGAAAAAUUAUUACAAUUAGCUAUGAGCAGAUUAAGGAACAUAAACAACGUGAAUAAAGAAACGUCAGUUGCGCAAUUAUCGUCAUCAGUUACAGACCUACCAUUAGAGAUACAAGAACCGAAGUCACUACAAAUGCCUAUUAAACCAACCAGACCUACAAAGAAUACUAGCGGAUACCCAUUGAUGGACGAUUUUGGAUCACCGAUACGUUGGGUAUCUAUAUUUUCGAAAGAUACCACCGAUGGAUUAGCCAGAGUAACGGAUUUGAAUACAGGAAGAAAUCGCCAAUAUGUAAUAAAUGGCACAAUAUUCGUCCCCGUUAUUGAUUACAGUCUUGAGCGGUUGGGACUAACGACAACAACAUUCCGUCCUAGAGCGGCAAAGAAAGCACUUCGCACUGAUGAGACAGCGUUGAAAAUUGUCGCUGACAACAUUGAUGUGAAUAAUAUGGAUACAAGAGACUGGUUAGCAAUUGAAGUCGCAGUUAGAAGACUGAAAACAAAAGAGCAAAACUGCAAUUCCGAAGCCUGUCCAGCGAGGCAUUUAUCAUUUCAGUGCACCAGACUCGGUUGUGAAUCGAAGUGUCGCGGAGACAGUUGCUCUUCAGGAUGCGUUGGAGUAUCUUGCAGCACAUUUUGUAAAGGACCAAGCUGUUUUGCUAUGUGCAUCGGUGAGGAUUGUAACGCAGGAUGUGAAGGCAUGGCGUGUGAAGCUAGAUGCAUAGGAAACGACUGUCAAGCAGGGUGUCGCAGUUUCUCUUGCAAAUAUCUAGUGAAUGGAGAUUUCAAAGAAGGUGGCGAAACCUGGUCAGAACAUUAUCCUCAAUACGAUAACGCGCCAAUAAAACAAGAAAACCACUAUUAAUAAAAUAUUCCAAAAUC